GACAAAUAAGGAGAGCGCACAGGAAGGCCCCGCCGGCGCACAGCAGGACGGGAGCUGCCCCCCUCCCGGAGGCUUUCGGGGCUCCCCAAAAGGGGACGUGCAGCGUUUGACCCUCCCCGACGGCACCGGAGGGCAAAGGGGUGGCGCUUGAGGAGACACGGUGACACUGGGGGGCGCAGGGGUGGCACUGGAGGGGUCGCGGGUGGUGCUGGGGGGGACGCAGGUGGCACUGGAAGGCACACGGGUGGCACCGCUGCCGUCCGGCCUCGAGCACCACUCCCUCCCGAGGAAGCCCCGGCGCUUCGGGACAGCCGCGGUUCCCCGCCAGCUCCGUGCGAGGGGCCCCACGUUUCUCCCGCGGCGCUGCCAAAUCCCCCCUCCGCUGCACCUCCGCCCGCUGCGCGGUUUGGCAGAGCUCUCCAAGCCAGCGGGACUCCAGCACCGGGAACGCAUCGCUGGAGCCUUCAGAGCGGGCAACGAGCUCUGUGACGAAGCCAGCGGCGCAGAGGCACGAUGCCACGUGUUCGAGCUAUAGAAUUUGGGCUUUUUUUUUUUUUUUUUUUUCUCCCCGCGUUUUGCAUUCUGGUGGGCUGGAACGACGUCACACACGUGGGAAGCGACGCUCCAACCCGGCCCCGGGGAUGCGGGGCAGCCGAGGCGGGGUCUUCGGGGCGAACCGCGGAUGCUGGCACACGCCUCCCCGCGUCCCUGUCCCAUCGCAGCCGACCAACCCCGUGAAAAAGCCCCCGAACGCCGUUUCCCCCCGUGCCGACACCAAACCCGCGCGGCGGCGCCCACGCGCGGCGGGGCUGCGCCCGGACCGGCGCCGCGGGGACGGACGGCGACAGCGGGGACGCACCUCGCCCCGCCGCUCCCGCGGCCGCCGCGCACGCCGCCGCGCGUGGGGGUCCCGCGGCGCUCCGCGCCCCGGGGCCGAGCAGCUCGGGGCCGCCCCCGGCACGCCCCCGUCGGUCCCGCCCCACCCCGGCGGCCCUAGAAAGGCGGCGGCCGCCCCACCGCCCCCGUGUGCCGGUGCCGCCAUGGCCCCGCCGCCCGCGCUGCGGCUGUGCGUCGCGUUGCUCGCGGUGCUGCUGCUCCCCGCGGCCGCCGCGCAGCAGCAGCAGCAGGAGGCGGCGGGAGAAUGUCAGCAGUAUACAAACAGAAGCUGCGAGGAGUGCCUGAAGAAUGUCACCUGCCUGUGGUGUGCCAGCAGCAGGAGGUGUGUGCCAUACCCUGUCCGGAGGAUCCUCCCACCUGCUGACCUCUGUGAGCUCCGCUCUGCACGCUGGGGUGUCUGCUGGGUGAAUUUUGAAGCCCUGAUCAUCGCCAUGUCUGUGGUGGGUGGAAUGAUCCUCAUCAUGCUGCUUGUCUGCUGCUGCUGCUGUUGUAAGAAGAAGAGCAAAAAGCCAGACAAGGAGGAUGAACGAGCUGCCCGGGAGCGGGAGCGCAGGCGAGUGCGCCAGGAGGAGAGGAGAGCAGAGAUGAAGUCACGGCAUGAUGAAAUCCGAAGGAAAUACGGCCUGUUCAAGGAGGAGAACCCUUAUGCAAAAUUUGAGAACUAGCCUCUCUGGAUCUGCCCCACCUGGUGAAUGGCGUCCUCCUUGUAGACCCACCUCACUCUGGGUUGCUUUCCAGGAGCCCCCUAUGGCACCACAUGCUGCCACAAGCCCUGCUCAGUGACUCCCCCAUUCCCCACUCCGGUUCUCAGCCUGCUCCAGGCUUUUGCUGCACAGGCUGUGCUGAGGCAGCCAGCCCUCAGCUGUAGCACCUGGCCAGGCUGAAACCUCACUCCGUGCCUUAGAACCUGGGGCUGGGCUGCACCCUCCACCUUAACCCACCCGGGGGUGGCAGCCCAGCACAACACAACGUGGUGCCUGGCUGAGGUCCUGAGUGGCCCGGCCUGUCUUCCUUCUGCCUCGUGCAAAGCUGGGUCCGUGCAGCGUGAGGCUCUUGUCUCCCUCUGUGCAGAAGUGGCUCAGAGGGUGGCCUGGCUGUCUCCAGCUGCAUGCACGUGCCCACACACCAGCACCCCCUCGCAGCAGCGCUGGUUUCUGGCUGCCUUGGGCCUCUGGGGGCAGGCCUACAUGCACGCUUCACUUGCAACUAAUCCAGGGACCCUCCACAGCCCCCUCUACCUCUGUGCCUUUCUUGAUCAUCUCCUGGGCUCGGUGCCUGUUACUGAUAGCAAUACGGUUGGGUUCUGAUGCGUAUGCAAUAGGGUAAGGAUGUAUUAAAUUGAUUUGAUUACUA